AUGGUCUUGAGAAGAUUCACACAAUAGUAUAAGAGCGUCUAUUCAUUUUGCAAAGUUGAAUCUUACACAAUAAAACCAUAGAAUACUGUGAUAGACUACAAAACAUUAACUUAUAAUCCAUAAUAGAAAAUCAAAUUUGAUUCAUCGAACAAAUCGUUACUCUACUAUUACAAACCUCUGGUAAUCAUAAUCUCUCUAUAUCAUACAGCUUUGGACUUAUCAAUUAUAAUAUUGGGUGUAUUUAUUCCCCAUGGUAUUAGUUGGAAAUGUGAUCAAGCAUAAUCCUUGUAAGACUUAAAUAUUUAGAUGUUAGUCUAUUCAACAUUUCCUGCAGCAUUGCCGAUGAUGUUUACAGUCGAGUUUUGGUUGUUCUUGAGAUGGUUCAAGAAAUUCAAAUACUUGAGAUAUGUCGUAUCUGAAGUCUACUUGCAUAAGGAUGGUCAAACUGUAGAAGUAGUAUUUGAGAAGAAAUUUUGGAGAAAAGUAAAGGAAUAAAAUGUGACUCAAAUAUUUUAUGUGACAAAUUUGAAGACCUUAAGUGGGGAUGACAAGAGACCUUUGAAGGGGAAUCUGUUUCCAGAUCAAUGGCCUCAGAAAAAGGAAUUAUUCAAACAAUGGAGAUGGUCUUUCGUUAAAUAUUAUCUAAAUUAAAACAACUUCCUAGUAUUCCCAUCAAAUCCUAAUUACGUUAAUGCAGAAAUUUUGAUUGCUGUUAUGAAUGGGAAGAUCAUAAAUACAUCAAAAUAAUACGUAGAAGAUGUUGAAGGAGACAUGGUUGAGUUGGUCGAGGAGGGAAAGAUCAAAUCAGACACAUUAAUAUGA